CAGUAUUGUGCAUAUCAGAAAAGUCUAUUUAAUGCAUCCCUUCCUCUUCCUCUAGUGCAUAUCCCUCUCUUCAUUCUUUCCACGCAUAUUCUUGUUUCUCCGGAGUGCAGGUAGCCAAAGCUUUGGGGUGUCUCCAACUUCUCUGGAUUUGGAUACAACCUUUUCCUUUGGGAAAUCGUUCCAUCCAGGAAGAAGAUAGAAAAGGCUCAGCAUGGGUACUCAAGGUCAAUCACCCCCUGAGAACUACGACAGUAAACAAAAUCAGAGCGAGAAGGAGAAGGAGAGGGAGAAGGCGAUCAACGAGUGGCUUCCCAUCACAUCCUCCCGCAACGCCAAGUGGUGGUACUCCGCCUUCCACAAUGUCACCGCCAUGGUUGGAGCUGGCGUCCUCAGUUUGCCUUACGCCAUGUCCGAACUCGGAUGGGGGCCUGGGAUCGCCGUGAUGGUCAUCUCAUGGAUCGUGACCCUGUACACCCUAUGGCAAAUGGUGGAGAUGCACGAGAUGGUUCCCGGGAAGCGAUUCGAUCGGUACCACGAGCUGGGACAAUAUGCUUUCGGCGAGAAGCUAGGCCUUUACAUCGUCGUUCCCCAGCAGCUGAUUGUGGAAGUCGGAGUCUGCAUCGUCUACAUGGUCACCGGCGGCAAAUCCCUCAAGAAGUUCCACGACGUCAUCUGCCCUGACUGCAAGCAAAUCAAGCUCACCUUUUUCAUCAUGAUCUUCGCCUCUGUGCACUUUGUCCUCUCGCAGCUACCCAACUUCAACUCUAUUUCUGGGGUUUCUCUGGCCGCUGCUGUCAUGUCUCUCAGUUAUUCUACCAUUGCAUGGGGGGCUUCGGUGGACAGGGGGAAGCAGGAGAAUGUGGAAUACGGUUACAAAUCUCAUACACAAGGAGGGACUGUGCUGAGCUUCCUGGCGGCGCUGGGAGAUGUGGCCUUCGCGUACGCCGGCCAUAACGUGGUGCUGGAAAUCCAAGCCACCAUUCCUUCCACUCCCGAGAAGCCUUCCAAGAAGCCGAUGUGGAAGGGCGUGAUCGUCGCCUACAUCGUCGUGGCCCUCUGCUACUUCCCUGUGGCUUUCGUCGGCUACUGGGCCUUCGGCAACGAUGUCGAGGACAACAUCCUUAUCUCUCUAAACAGGCCGCGCUGGUUGAUUGCCAUGGCCAACAUGAUGGUCGUCGUCCACGUUAUCGGAAGCUAUCAGAUCUACGCGAUGCCUGUGUUUGACAUGAUGGAGAGCUAUCUGGUCAAAGGGCUUCGCUUUCCUCCUGGCCUAGCUCUUCGCCUGAUAACACGAAGUGCUUAUGUCGCAUUCACCAUGUUCAUCGGCAUGACCUUCCCCUUCUUCGGCGGCCUACUCUCUUUCUUCGGCGGCUUCGCGUUCGCCCCGACCACAUACUUCCUUCCUUGCAUCAUGUGGCUUGCUAUUUACAAACCGAGAAGGUUUAGCUUAUCUUGGAUCACUAAUUGGAUCUGCAUAAUUCUCGGGGUUCUGCUUAUGAUCUUGGCUCCUAUUGGUGGAUUGCGAGAGAUCAUCGUAAAUGCCAAGACUUACAAGUUCUACUCGUAAGAAAGGCCGGUGUUGAUUUGAAAUUAAGUGCAUUAUGUGGUGUCAACAAAUAUGAUGAGUGCUUGAGUGCCAGUUGUAUAAUUUAUGAUUACGUAUGGUACCUCCCUUUACUCUUAAAUAUAAGCGACUAUUUAUUUA